AUGGGCAAAAAGUCACUGGCACUCGACGAGACGAUGGAUACGACGGUCAAUGAGGAGGCCGGCGCCCCGGUGACGGACAAGGACGCCUACGAGGAGCAGUGCGCCUUGGCCAACGAAAUCGCAUCGCCAAUGGCCAACCGCAAGCUAGCCAAGAAGGUCUACAAACUGGUCAAGAAGGCUUCAGCUGUGAAGACGGCAGUUCGCUUUGGAAUCGCUGAUGUCUCGAAGGGGCUCCGCAAAAACGAGAAGGGCAUCGUCGUGCUAGCAGGGAAUGUAACCCCAAUCGACAUCUACUCUCACGUUCCGGCGUUCUGUGAGGAGAAGGGAGUCCCGUACGUCUACACACCGUCGAGGGAGAGUCUCGGAUUGGCCGCCGGAUUCCGCAGAUCCAUCAUUAUUCUUUUGAUUCGACCAAACGCGGCGUAUCAGGCAAGUUUACUUUGGUUUGACUUUCUAUGCAAUUCGGAACUGUACGACGAGCUGUUCGAAGCGUGCAACCUGCUCGUGCCCAACACCAAGGAGAAC